AUUCGUCACCAUUUAAUACUCUGUCUCUUGCGUUCAUUUGCUUGAUUACUCCUUAAUUAGCCGCUUGCAUAUCCUUUCUGGAAAGGUAAAAAUAUUGAAGUUUUUCUGGUUUGGCGGUGCUCAUUUUCUCUGCACAAUUAAUAUUGGUUGAAAAGGGGAGGGAAAAAAGAAGAAACGAAUAGGCAAGCUGCUAGUCUAUCAGUUAGUUCCAAGUAUAUUAGCCCGUUUCGCCUUUCCUACGCCUGAGUCGUGCAUAUUUCCACCCUGAAAUUGGCAUGAAUCGGAACCAGAAACGCUGAAAUAAGGUUUAAAGCGAGCAGCAAAUUUGAAUCCGUUUGCUCAAGAUGGAGACUUUACCGAUCACCUCAUCGAAAACCGAUAGGCGAGGGAGAUCAAAGUCUCCUCAGACCUCGAAACCGUCGCUCGUGAUGGCCUUCUUCUCUUGCGUUGCUUGGCUUUACGUCGCUGGCCGGUUAUGGCAAGAUGCAGAAAACCGAAAUUUACUUACCAGUCUUCUAAAGAAGAACUCAGCCCAGAGGCCCAAGGUUCUUACAGUUGAAGAUAAGCUAAUGGUCCUCGGAUGCAGGGACCUAGAGAGGAGGAUUGUCGAAGCUGAGAUGGAACUUACAUUGGCAAAGAGCCAAGGGUAUCUCAAAGGCCAUCCGCUGCAAAGUAGCUCUCCUGACAAGAGACUUCUUGCUGUCAUCGGAGUUUAUACUGGAUUUGGGAGUCAUUUGCAAAGAAAGAGGUUCAGAGGGUCUUGGAUGCCCAGAGGUGAUGCCUUGAAAAAACUUGAAGAAAGAGGAGUGGUCAUACGCUUUGUAAUUGGAAGGAGUGCUAACCGAGGUGAUAGCUUAGAUCGCCAUAUUGAUGAGGAACACAGUUUGACAAAGGAUUUCUUGAUUCUUGAAGGUCAUGAAGAAGCUCAAGAAGAGUUGCCUAAAAAGGCAAAAUUCUUCUUCAGUGCUGCUGUUCAGAACUGGGAUGCUGACUUUUAUGUGAAAGUUGAUGACAAUAUCGACCUCGACCUGGAGGCUUUAAUUGGAGUUCUCGACCGUCGUCGUGGUCAAGAUGGAGCAUAUAUUGGAUGCAUGAAAUCAGGAGACGUUGUAACAGAAGAGGGAAAGCCAUGGUAUGAGCCUGAAUGGUGGAAAUUUGGGGAUGAGAAAACGUACUUCCGGCAUGCGGCUGGUUCACUUUUUAUACUUUCGAAGAAUUUGGCACAGUAUAUUAACAUAAACAGUGUGUCUCUUAAGACUUACGCUCAUGACGAUACGUCAGUGGGCUCAUGGAUGAUGGGAGUCCAGGCAACGUAUAUAGAUGACAGUCGCCUUUGUUGCAGUAGCAUCAGACAAGACAAGGUUUGUUCCUUGGCUUGAUGAGAGGACAACAGCUACUGUGGAAGAUUGGUUACAGUCAUUUGCGAUGCAUGAGGUGAUGAUUCUUUGAGGUGCGCAGCGACAGUGAAAGGGAUAGCUACAGAUUGAUGGGCCAUAAUCACUGUAGUGGAUGACAGCCAUUUUGAGCUCUCACUCGAUACUUCCGGAUGUUCCAUAACCGCUGUUAUUAUUUUGGGGCCUUUACCCCUCUUCUUUUUGACAUGUUAAACCAUCUGCCCAUGGGCAAAGAGACAACAAUUUAUUCAGCACCGAAAACGUGAACGUACACUGGCGGCCCCGUUCUUUAGUUAACAUUUGAUUCGCUUUCAUUUUGGGGAUUUGAUAAUUUCAUAUUUGAACCUAGGACCCACUGCUCAUCGCAGUUUUGCAUUUGGUAAGGAAGCUGGGCCCUAAAUGUGUGGGUACUUCCCAUGCACAAAGUGAAUUGUACUGUAUACAGAUUAUAGAUUAUAAAUGGUAUAUUUAAAUUUUAUAGAUUAUGUCUAUAUAUUUAUGUGUUUGUAUAAUA